AUGUGCGACAGGAAGGCGGUGAUCAAAAAUGCAGACAUGUCGGAAGAGAUUCAACAGGACUCGGCGGAGUGCGCUACUCAGGCAUUGGAGAAGUAUGACGUAGAGAACCGGAACUUCGGUAGUUAUGUGACACAUGAGACCAAACACUCCAUCUACUUCUACCUGGGUCAGGUGGCCACUCUUCCGUUCAAAUCUGGUUAAUAGCGUGGACUGUGCCAAACACCCAGUGAUCCAUCCAAAAACAAGGACUGCAUCCUAAACUCCAAAUACCAGAGACUGAAUCUUCAGCCUUGCUAAGGGAUCACCUCGUUUGAAUCUGUUGUGUUUUGUACAGGGCACCAUUCUCCGUACACGUUUGUGGUUAUAAAAUUAGUAAAACAGCUUACAUUUGUAUUUAUUUUCUAGUCCAUACUUCUGUACCCCCAUUUUUUCUCCCUUAGGUUAUCCCUUUAAAAUAAAUCUGUUGGAGAUGUAAAA